AUUGCAACUUUUGCAGGGACUCAACAGACAUGUCGCACUCCAGCUGAAACAAACCUGCAGUUCGGCUCAUCAUUUGAGCCAUAAGGAAAACACAGUUGGCGGGGCACUGUUGCUGAAGAUUUCAUCUAACACUUUUCCGUGGACUGCGCUCCGAAUUUCAAAUCUGGAUGUGAAUUAUGGUCAUUUUUCUCACUAAUGAACGUGGCCAGUAAUGCAGGAGACGGCGACACUGACAGUAGCUCAAGAUGGCAGAUUUUUAUUGAGUUCUGAAAUCUCUCUUUAUUUUUUGCCAUGAAUAACAGACGUCCUUGCACCGAUGGCCCCUGUAUACGAAGGUAUGGCCUCGCAAGUGCAAGUCUUUCCUCCUCACACUCUCCAGUCAAGUGCCUUCUUUAGCGUGAAAAGACUGAAGGUGGAGCAGAGUUCCGUCUGGGAUAUGACCGGCUACGGAUCGCACAGCAAAGUCUACAGCCACAACAGCCAGACCUGCGCCAGCAGCUCAGACCCCCAGGGCCUGUCCAGCUCCACCCUGCCCUGCGAACACACCCUCCUCCUCCCGGCCAGCGCCGCCCACAUCCUGGUGGCGUCCUCCUGCAGCAACUCAGGGCUCCCCGGCGCCCCCCUGCUGGCGAGUAGCGGAAGCGGUGGUGGAAGUGGGGCCAGUAGUGGCGGAGGGACGGUUCACAACCUGACCCGACGCAGCACCGUGAGUCUGCUGGACACCUACCAGCGAUGCGGCCUUAAGCGCAAGAGUGAGGAGCUCGACCACAACAGCAGCGUGACCAUCGUGGAGGAGCACGGCCAGCCCAUGAUCCAGAACGCAGCCAGCGGGGCCGCGGUGGCCACGGCGACCGCCACCUCCACCGCCACCUCGAAGACAAGCGGUGCCAACAGCGAGGGGGAUUACCAGCUGGUGCAGCACGAGGUCCUCUGCUCCAUGACCAACACUUAUGAGGUGCUGGAGUUCCUGGGCAGGGGAACCUUCGGCCAGGUGGUCAAGUGCUGGAAGAGGGGCACAAACGAGAUCGUGGCCAUCAAGAUCCUGAAGAACCAUCCGUCGUACGCGAGGCAGGGUCAGAUCGAGGUCAGCAUCCUGGCCAGGCUGAGCACGGAGAGCGCAGACGACUAUAACUUUGUGCGCGCGUACGAGUGCUUCCAGCACAAGAACCACACGUGCCUGGUGUUUGAGAUGCUGGAGCAGAACCUCUACGACUUCCUCAAGCAGAACAAGUUCAGCCCGCUGCCUCUCAAGUACAUCCGGCCCGUCCUGCAGCAGGUGUCCACGGCCCUGAUGAAGCUGAAGAGCCUGGGCCUGAUCCACGCCGACCUGAAGCCCGAAAACAUCAUGCUGGUGGACCCCUCCAGACAGCCCUACAGGGUCAAGGUUAUAGACUUUGGCUCGGCCAGCCACGUCUCCAAGGCGGUCUGCUCCACCUACCUGCAGUCCAGAUACUACAGGUAGGAGCUUUGCCCACCUGGUGCAUCGUGAGAACCAACUGACAAGACCCUCCCUGACAUCUAAAGUGCCAAAACAUGAGCAUUAGAACUUUAGGGAAAUGUUCUGCAGUCUAAACUGGUACAUAUGUGUGGUCUGUGGGGGGGGGGGGGUGAUCUCUGUCCAGUUGUUCCACUUCCGUGUCGUAAACAGCCUCUCUUGACUCUGCUGCUACGGCUGGGAUGUGUCAACAGAUGGAAGUCCAAGAGAGAAGAUGUAUGUUCUCUCACAGGAACUUGCUGUACCAUAGUGUUUUAUGGAUCAUGUGAGCCUUGUGUUUAGAGGAAUGCUUUCCUAGUUGGCCUCAGUGUUUGUGCUGGAGGUCUGUGCCAGUCUCAUGAACUGUGCAAGGCUGCUGGCUCUCUCUCUCUCUCUCUCUCUCUCUCUCUCUCUCU